UUAUAUGCCUCGAUUAGGGAUUCAUUCCUCCUUUUGCGAGGCCUGGCGGCAAGAGGUGGGGUCAAUUCAGGGUCGACGCUAGGCUCUCGUCCUCUCCAACAUGGCGGAUCGGCUGACCCGUAUCGCUAUCGUUAGCUCCGACCGAUGCAAGCCGAAGAAGUGCCGCCAAGAGUGCAAGAAGAGCUGCCCCGUCGUGAAAACAGGAAAGCUUUGCAUAGAAGUAACCCCUGCCUCAAAACUUGCUUUCAUUUCUGAGGAGUUAUGCAUUGGAUGUGGUAUAUGUGUCAAGAAAUGUCCAUUUGAGGCCAUUCAGAUCAUCAAUCUACCGAAGGACUUGGACAAAGAUACAACUCACCGUUAUGGACCAAAUACAUUUAAAUUGCACAGAUUGCCAGUUCCAAGACCCGGACAAGUUCUGGGCCUGGUUGGUACAAAUGGUAUUGGAAAGUCCACUGCGCUUAAAGUGUUGGCCGGGAAGUUAAAGCCCAACUUGGGUCGAUUCAAUAAUCCUCCUGAUUGGCAGGAGAUCUUGACAUAUUUCCGUGGCUCUGAGCUUCAGAAUUAUUUUACUCGUAUACUGGAGGACAAUCUAAAGGCAAUCAUCAAGCCACAGUAUGUUGAUCACAUUCCAAAAGCUGUUCAAGGGAAUGUGGGACAGGUGCUUGACCAAAAGGAUGAGAGGGAGAAGAAGGCACAACUAUGUGCUGACUUAGAAUUAAAUCAAGUUAUUGAUCGAAAUGUGGGGGAUUUAUCUGGUGGAGAGUUGCAAAGAUUUGCUAUUGCUGUGGUUGCUAUACAAAAUGCAGAGAUUUAUAUGUUCGAUGAACCGUCAAGUUAUCUUGAUGUGAAACAGCGGCUCAAAGCAGCACAAGUUGUCCGUUCCCUGCUCAGACCUAACAGCUAUGUGAUUGUUGUGGAGCAUGACCUCAGUGUACUGGACUAUUUGUCCGAUUUCAUUUGUUGCUUAUAUGGGAAGCCAGGAGCUUAUGGAGUUGUUACAUUGCCUUUCUCUGUACGUGAAGGAAUAAACAUUUUUUUGGCUGGUUUUGUUCCUACAGAAAAUUUGCGGUUUCGAGAUGAGUCACUUAUGUUUAAGGUUGCUGAGACUCCUCAAGAAAGUGCUGAGGAGAUUCAGACUUAUCAACGCUAUAGAUAUCCGACUAUGAGUAAAACCCAAGGGAAUUUCAAGCUUAAAGUGAUAGAGGGUGAAUUUACUGAUUCUCAAAUCAUUGUAAUGCUGGGUGAGAAUGGGACCGGGAAGACAACAUUUAUUAGAAUGCUGGCAGGAUUGCUGAAGCCUGAUACGGUGGAAGAUUCUGAUGUUGAGAUGCCUGAAUUUAAUGUUUCAUAUAAGCCUCAGAAAAUUAGUCCAAAGUUUCAAUAUACAGUGAGACACUUGCUGCAUCUAAAAAUUCGAGAUUCAUAUAUGCAUCCACAAUUUGUGACUGAUGUUAUGAAACCAUUGCAAAUUGAGCAAUUAAUGGACCAAGAAGUUGUGAAUCUUUCUGGUGGAGAACUGCAACGGGUAGCAUUGUGUUUGUGUCUUGGGAAGCCGGCAGACAUUUAUCUGAUAGAUGAACCAAGUGCUUAUCUAGAUUCAGAGCAGCGUAUUGUUGCCUCAAAGGUGAUAAAAAGAUUUAUCCUUCAUGCGAAGAAAACUGCCUUUGUUGUUGAACAUGAUUUCAUCAUGGCGACCUACCUGGCUGAUAAAGUGAUUGUGUACGAGGGGAAGCCCUCUGUGGAUUGCAUUGCUAAUGCACCUCAGUCUUUGGUAUCCGGCAUGAACCUGUUCUUAUCUCAUCUUGAUAUCACUUUCAGACGAGAUCCAACUAAUUACAGGCCCAGGAUAAACAAGUUGGAUUCUACCAAAGAUCGGGAACAGAAAUCUGCAGGAUCUUAUUAUUAUCUUGAUGAUUGAUAUAAAAUUAUGUUGUGUUAUACUCAGGUUUCUACGGCCUUGUGUGACGAUGGAUGAGUGUUAUUUGGCAAGUAGUAUAGCUUCUUUUCAUGUUUCUUUGUUGGAUCCCGAAGAUGAAAAUGUGGGGCAAGGAGUCGAAUCCAUGAAGGCAACAGAAAUUACCAUUCAUGGCCCCCUUGUUUCGACCUGUUAGUCCAUGAUUGCUUCUUCAGUUGCCACUUAUAGAAUUACUUUAGACUUUGCUUCCCUUGUCACUGGGAGCCUAUUUUUGAAUAACAAAAAUCAGUUGUAUUUUGAUAGUAAUUUACUUUUUUGAUUGUUGUUGUUGGUAUACUGAUGUCACCCAGUGAUCCUUUUCCUCAAACAUCAUUUGGUGUAUACGACAUGUUAAAGGUAUAUUUUCUUGUAUCGAGCAAUAUCUGUCGGGGUCAAUACACGAGGAGAAAAAUUCCAUAUC